AAUUUGCAUCCGGUUAGCUUCAGCUUGUUCUUUGAUCAAUGGCAACUACAACCAGUUCUUGUUCCUCUUCUAUGAGUCUCUUCUCUUCUCCUUUGACUAUUGGUCAACUUAUUGAUGUACUUCAGUAAUCUGUUGAAAAGAUGUGGUUUCCCUCAGACAAGAUGGAGGGCACUAGGACUGAGACUAGGACUACUCAAGAACACACUGGACGUCAUUAAAAGGGACAAUGACACAACAGAUGAUUGUUUAACUGAAUGCCUCUCCCAGUGGUUGUCCAGAGCUGAUAAUGUUAACUUUAAAGGUGGAACUACCUUUGACUCACUGUCAGAUGCUCUUAAAUCUAUGAAUGAGAAUGCCGCAUCUGAUAGAAUAAAUCAAGAGAAAUGUAAAGCUAAGGCUAUUGAUAUAUUCAGCACUCAUCAUCCACUCCUCUCUCAGUCUCUCUCUGAUCCUGUCAGUGUAGCUAUUAUGCUUCAAAGAGAGGGUGUCAUAUCAAGACAAGCAUUGGCUACUGUGGAAUCAGCUAGUCCCUCUGUUCCUAAUCAACGUAAAGUCCUGUUAGCUGCCAUUAGAGUAGCUAUUCAAAGCAAGUAUAGUUUACUACAAACAUUUGCUAGUGUAUUGUGCAAGUUCACUGGUAAUGCAAAAAUAGGAACAGUUAUACAAAAAGACUAUAAUACACAAUUUUCUACUGAUGAUUUUGUUAAUAUUGAAAUAAAAGAAGAUUCAAGCACUGGAACAAUCACACCAUCAUCACCUCACACACUAACUGCACUAACAGUUGAAAUUCCUGUUCGAAAGAGUAAAUCAAGAGAAUUCAGUUCAAUAAGAGCUUCACUGGCUAGAAUGAUAUUUAAAGUGUCCAAAGCUAUCACACAGAAAUCUCCACCUCUGAUUGACCUAAAGUCUCUCAUUUGUCUCUUUAAUUCUGAUCUAAAAGGAAAGCUAGCUGAGUGCAAUGAUAUAUCCAGUGUAGUGCAUGUGAUUGAAGGAGAGUGUUCAUUGACUGAUAUUGAACUGUUAGAAACUGUAGUUGAAGAAUUUGAAGUCACUGAAGCUGAAAGAUACAUUGAACAAUACAAGACAUCAUUGGAAGGGUUCUGUCACUCAAUUUCGAUUGAUCUUUGCUUGAAGGAGAAGUUUGAUGCUGUCAAUACAAACCCUUCUCUUAAAUGUGAAACAGCAACAUUUGUCUUGGACUGGAGACCUGAUGAGAAGAAAUUGAAGGAUAUUACUGACAUUCUUUCCGAAACAUCCGGUAAAUUUGUAAAGAUAAAGUAUAUUGAUACUGGAUACUCCAUUGUGGUCACUUGCUCGUUCCCUCACUCUCUCACUGGAGUUCUCAUCAUAAAAUUGAGUGAGAAUCUUGAAUUAUUAAUAAAGAAUGGUCUAAUGAAGCUUACUGUUGGAUACUGCACAAUAUGGAAGAAACGAAAGAUACAAGAAAUACAGAAAGCACUGGAAGAGGAUGUACCUCAUGAGAUAAAGGAACAACCUCAUGAUACAAAUGAAGAGAGAGUAGCAAGACUGGAGAAGAAAGAAACAGAAGGAGCAACACCUCAAUCAGCAAUUAAUCAAGAUAUACAUGUAGAACAAAUUGAUAUAAGUAUGACAAUACUUAAUACACAAUUGAAAAAAGAAAUAAAAAUGAAUAAACAAUUAAAAGAAACAUUAACAAAAAUGAGAGUAAAGGCACUUCAGGAACAUGUGUUAUUAGCAAUAAAUACUAGUUCAGCAUCAUACAGCAUUAGAAAAGGAAUGAGAAUGGAAAUAGAACAACUGCAAUUAUUAUUCACACAUAAAACUGGUUUACUGGAUCAGAAUAAAUCAUUAAUAAAUAUUAAAAGGUUAAUAGCUGAACUACAAGAACAGAUAUCAUUAAUGAGUGUCCAUAUACAUAAUAAAAGAGAAGAGAAUGAAGAAUAUAGAGAUGUAAUAAGAAUGAAUAAGCCAACAGCAGAAUCUGUUUUUAUUGCUCGUUAUGGCUAUCGUGCAGUGUAUAGCAAUCAAAUAUCAUUCAGUAAGGGAGAGGAGCUGGAGAUAUAUGAGAAGCGGAGUAGUUUUUGGUGGAAAGGAAGAUCCAUAGUGUCUGGUGAUGUAGGAUACAUUCCUAGUAGUUGUGUUUACUCAAUGCUGGAGUCGCUUCAAUUUUUAGAGUUUAUAAUGUCUGUGGAGAAAGUGUCCCUUCCUAUUCUACAGAAGAUAAGGUAUGAUUCAUCUAGUAAUGAUGAGAAAGCUCCUCUUUUCUUGGAAAUUAUUAAUGAUGAUCCUAUUAUGAUAUCUGGACUGAGACAAGACAAGGAGCAACAUGAUAAAUGUGUCACUGGGAGUGUGGACUGGUACAGUGACAGUGUAUCCCUUUACUAUCCAUCUCCAAUUCAGUGUAAUGAAGUGAUUAGUAAUAUCAAAGAUCACGAGAAGAUAGUCCUCCACUUCUCAUCUACUAAUAGUACAGUAGCUCUGCUGUCAUCAACUAAACUGCAUACACUAAACCUGAGGAGACUUGUGAUAUGGACCACCCCAUUAACUAAUGAUUGUAUCCAGUACUUGUGUAUACUACUAACAAAUAAUAAAAAAAUACAGGAACUAGUUAUCAGUAACCACUCCAUCAGUGAUAGAGGAGUUACCAAUGUCUGUCAAGCACUUAAACACAACACUACACUUACCUCAUUAAAUCUUUUUGAUAAUCCUCUUAUUGUUAGUGGACAAGCUCUUUCUCACCUCCUCAAUAACUCAUCACUAGUUGAACUAGAUCUAAGAAGGACUUCAUUGACUACCAAGUCAAUACUACUCAUCCUCCAGUCAUCAAGUAAUAAUGAGAUGAUGAGGAGACUCAUGCUAGACAAGCGACAUGAAGAGACCUGUAUUAAUACUUAUCCCAACUAUCACCUCAUACAAGACAGAGUAGAGUGGAAGUACUAAUCACUCUUCAUUUGAAUUUAUUAAGAAUCUCUUGAUACAACAAUUAUUAUACCAAGUUAGUUCAUCUUCACCAAUAAGCAACCAAUCAGAAUACACUACUUUACAUGGUAGAAGGGGGACCAGUGGUACAUUAUAUUAUCAUCAUAAAUCUAACACAUAAACAUCUCUUGAUCUCUCAUCAAUCUACCAGUAUUUCUCUCUCCAGUAUAUACAGUGUAUACUGUACAUUCCUUCUCUUUCUGACACACACUCAUGUCACUGUCUCUGUCUUUUUGCUGUCAUCAUUUCUUUCUAUUUCCCUCUCUUUCAUUUCUAUCUCUCCCUCAGUCUUCAAUAACUUUUCUCUAGCUGACCUUCCUCCAUUUCAGCAAAUCAGUCUUAGGAUAAAAAUAUAAAGAAUUUAUUUUUAACAUAAAUUUUUGAACAAUUACCGUAUAGCCAAAAAAUUUCGUGAGGAAUAAAUUUUCGUAUUUUCGUGAUUACUGCUUGAAUCACGAAAAAUUAAACCCCCGAAAAUAAAUAUUAAUUGAGAGGCGUGGUUAACCACGCCUUAGACUAAUAAACGUGCCCUCGUGUCAAAUCGUGUUCUCGGUCAAGCUGAUGUCUCUGUUACUCUGUAUUGCUAUUUUAAGCAUACUGCCUAGGUCAAAGAUGAUCUUCCCCAUCUCUGGUGUCCACACUGAUUUGUAGACAUGGUGCCCCUUGACACAAGAGUCCGUCUCAAACCAUGUUUUAAUUAAAUAAGGCGUGGUCAUUAUUAUUAUUAUUAUUAAAAUAAAAUCACGAAAAUAUUUAUCACGGAA